AUGCACAUAUCCAUAUCCACGCUACUUCCUCCAAUUGCAAGCACAUUUUCCUUCUCCUGCACGGCUUUCCAAGUUCAAGUUAUAAUAACUACAGCAGGCUCAAUGCAAAUUAUGUGUUAUGAGGAGUUGGAACUCCGAAAAGUGGUUAAGGUGGAUCAUGAUUUGUGUGUUAGAAUUUUGACUUGA